AUGGGGUCCACGGUAAAUGCAGAGAAUGUGUCAGUCAAGAGGUCACCGCCUCCCAUACACUACACAACAUGUGAAUAUAAACCAAAACAUUCACUUGUCAAAGAGGAAAUGGAAUACAUUGCCCAACCCACCGAAAAGGACUUACACAAAUAUGAAUGGUACAUGGGAGAAUACGAUCGCCAUGAAGCAGAGGCAGCACUGCUGGAGGAGAACACUGAUGAGACUUUCUUGAUUAGAGACUGUUCAAAGAAGUCAAACACUGAACCAUACGUUUUGGUUGUCUAUUAUGGAAGAAGAGUGUACAACAUUAAAGUACGUUUUCUGGAAGACAGUCAGCAGUAUGCAUUGGGAACAGGGCUCAGAGGAGAUGAUAAGUUUAAUUCUGUGAAAGAUAUAAUUGACUUCUACAAAUAUGCUCCCAUCACACUCAUUGAUGGAAAGGAUAAAACAGGAACCCAAAGAGUACAAUGCUACCUUACACAUCCAUUAAAGCUAUGCAAAAGACGUAUCUUACCUUAACAUCAUCAACAUUUGAAUAAAUAUAAAUAGAACAAUUAUUUAAAUGUGUAAAAAGCCAGGUUAAUCUUUGAGUGAUCAGCUCUCCAUAUUAUGAAGACUUCUGUAUGUUCCACUAAAAUCUUCUUUCCAGCUUGGAUUAUGGAUCCCUUUUUAAUUCGUGCAAAUAUUUUUUUAUCUAGGAGAUGUAAAAACUGAGGACAUAGGUAAAGUGUAUGUCAUUGUAUUAACUCACAUAAAAGCGUUAAGAGACUGACUCCUGAUACUCUGACAAUGGUUGAGCAAUUUAUCUUGCUUUGUACCUAACACAAGAUGAAAAAUCAAAUUCAGUCUUGCUUACUUGAAUGUCACUGAAGCUCAUUCAGUAGCAAAACCUAAUAAAACAUUCUGUAUCAAAAAAGUUUAUUCUUUCCUUUAAAAAUACACAUAAAACACUAUUUGAGUAUUCGCUGUUUAACACUUUAAUUCUGUGUGUGUAUCUGCAGAAUAAAAAUCCCUGCUUGGCAGCCACUGAAAUCAGUGGGUGUCAGUUGAUGCUCCUAAGUAUUGGUCCAAAUCCUAAGGACACCUUUAAUGACAAAAGGUCUAUUGCUUAACAUAUAACCUUUAGCUUAAGCAGCAACUAUUUGUAUUCCACAUUUGAAUGCUCAAACACAUUAGGACCAUUAGAGAAACAGCCCCUUCAAAGUCUUACCACGUGCAAGGAUACAGAUAAAAACCAUCAGCAGAAACAGUAGAAAAGUUU